AUGCUCAACGCAAUAGAGGCUCGCUGGAAAAAGGCCGACCAAGAUGCAUUCAUUGCCGCUCUCAUUCUCAACCCAUUUCACAAGACCCGGCCACUCCAGCCACUCUUCUCCUUCUCCGUUGGUGGUGUCUAUGCCCUUCUCUCCUGCUUGUGGGAGCACUUCUACACUGUACCGGUGCCCGUUACUGACCUACUCGAGGAUGUUCAGGAGUAUCUCAUGAAGAGUGGACACUUUGCAGAUAUACAGAGCUGGCAGCAUUCUAUCUGUCUUGCAGCAGAGGCUAUGAAAACAAGCCCAGAUUCGAUCCAGGUCUGGGAUUUUGCACAGCAUCCAGAAGCACUUGUUCGUCCCAUCAUUCAACUUGCAUGCCGCCUACUUUCCGUAUGCACAAACUCUGCAUCAUGCAAGAGGCUGUUUAGUUCUCUUGGGCAUAUUCUCACGAAGCUCCGCAAUUGCUUGGGCAAUACCACGCUCCUGUCUCUCACUGAGAUGAAGAUGCAUAUUUGUGAUGAGCACCUUUGUAAUCAAGGCCUCCAGCGCCGUCUCAAGUUUCAGCUCGAAGGAGAUUGCCGACAAACAGCUCAGGUGACCGAGAAUGCCGGCUCAGCCCCUGAGCCCAUUUUGUUGCCACUGCCGCCACCUCCAUCAUCUGCUCCUGAUGCUAUGCCCAAAGCCAAUGAAGAGGAGAUCAGCUCGGAAGAGCUCAUGCAGGAGCUGUGA